GCCCCUUCCGCUUCCCGGGCCUGACCUUCCUGCCGCCGGGCGCCGGGUGCAUCCGACAUUGCCGGCUCUCGCGACUCGGCCCGACGCGCCCCGCUCUCGCGACAUCAUGGUGGCGUACUGGCGCCAGGCUGGGCUCAGCUACAUCCGGUACUCGCAGAUCUGCGCCAAGGCAGUGAGGGAUGCGCUCAAGACCGAGUUCAGAGCGAACGCGGAGAAGACCGCGGGCAGCAACGUCAAGAUUGUGAAAGUGAAGAAGGACUGACCAACCUGCCGGGAGCUGGAGCUGCUGCGUUUCCAAGUCCGGGGAAGACGCGUGGCACGUGGCGCGGCGGAGGGAGAAGAGCUCACUCCAUGGGGAGAAGUCCUGUCUUGUUCGUAAAUCAACAACGCCAAUAAACUGAAACACGGUUCACUCAC